CGCGUUAUCUAGGCAUACACAUAGCGAUGUCCGUCAGUUUCUCGGGAGCUUUUCUAAGCCACUUUUUGUUCGACGUUACAGCUAGAUAUAAAGGAGACGCGGAAGGUUUCUUGUUGGGGCAUACGGCGUCUCAAAAGCAAAAAGAUGGUACAGCACAACAAUUUUCAGUUGUGGAAGAAUUUAUAAUAUGCAAACAACCGUUCAGUUUUUACAACAAGCAAGGGCAGGUUGAUAUCGACGAGUUAAGACAUCUACUGAAAGGCAACAGUGAGAAAUUGAUCGGUUGGUUCCGAGUUCGCCGCUCAACUCCGCUGCAAGUCUCAAUACGAGAACGAAGCAUUCAUCAGAGUCUACAGCAAUACUGCAGCCAUCUUCAACACUCCGAGCUGCUUUUUGCUGUGUUCACCGGCGACGUUUCGCCUACCCUUGCUACACAGUCGUUCGCUUAUGGAGCGUGGACUUUACAUGGAAGCCACUUCAUUCCAUACAAGCCUGCAAUCACGAACUUGGGACACACGGGAAAGAGCGAAUACCAACAGCCGGCGGCAGUCAGUUUACCAUGCAGUUCGCCUCGUUAUCAAGAAGUCAUCUCAUCUCACAGAAAGCGGUUUCAGGCAGAAGACGGUACCUUACAUCUGGUGACUGAUAUUACAGACCUCUAUACAGGCAUGUUGACAAACAUGCAGGGUCUCUGUUCAAGUCUCAAUCAUGCAAAUGAGGAGAUCGUGGAGCUGAGGAGAGAUAUCGAGGGGCUCCAUGAGGCUAUUGGUAGAAAGAAUAGCGAGACAGAACCACUCAGACUCGAUUCCUCGUCGCCAUUGCUGUGAACAAUGCACAUGCAAUAGAGCGAAGUUCACAUUUCAUGUGGCAAUCACAAAAUGUAAAGCUGGUGUGAUGAUAACGAUCGAUAUCUCAUGCCUGAUGACAUUCGGACAAUUUUUACUGAAGCUACAUUGUACCAUGCAGUCAGUCUUACGUUAGUCAUAAAUCACAUCGUAGAGUAAGUUCACUACAACACUUAUACUACACCCAUCUCACAACACAAUCUAUCCAUUCCAGUCAAAUCACAAUAUUACCUGUAAAUAAUGGCGAGUCCAGCAGCGGCACGACAUAAUACGGAUGAUACAUUGACAUUCUUGACAUCUUCACUCGCAAACUACUAUGCAGUGUCUUCUUUGUUUCUCACUCUCACACUGCCAUCUGCAUUGCCAAAA